AUGGGCCUUUAUCUCUUUCUUACAAGAGUUUGUACAACGUCACUUCUCUUCGCUGCGUUCAGUCUUUUCCCCACUCUUCUUUAUCGUCCUCUUCCUCCUGCAGAAUCACAUACUGUCACUACUCGCGAGAUACUCCUAGGUUCACUCUUGUCAAGAUUCACUUGCAUUGCUGUUGAAUCCAUGGGGUUACGUGCGAUGGAUAAUACUUGUGUUGAAGACAAGUUUACAUUUGUUUCUAAGAGACAGAAACUCUGCGAAUCGCUGGAGAAAUUAAAAGCCGAUUCUUCUCAGAUACUGAAGACAUUACACGACCACUAUGACAUGGUUGCUGAGAAAAGGUCUCGGGAUAUAGAGCUGAAGGAAGACGAGCUUCAAGUUCUGUGCUUGAAGUUGGAGGAAACCCAAAAGAAGAUUGAAGCAACAGAGAUCGAAGCAGGUGACAAAGAAAAGGAACUUGAUUUGCUAAGGAAACAAAUCAAGUCAGAAGAGAAGACACUCACUGAGAUUAGGACAUCACUGAAGAACACUCAAAACGAACUUGAGUUGAAGAAGACAGAGCUGAGAGCGAGAAGCAGUGUUCUUGUUAAGCACGAUGUUGCAGCAGAGACUGGAGAUGCUCUCACGCUUCGUGAAUUCUCAUCAGCUUCUCUCAGUCGUCAUCAAGUAUCAAGUUACCUUAGAGGUUUAUCUAAUCCAGCAAAAUUUGUUCUGGAUCUAGUGAAAGGACAACUUAAGGAUGCUCAUCGAGGACAAGAUUUGGGUUUGCAAGGUUUAGUCUUGGAGAACUUAGUUCUGUCUUUUGAGGAGCUUGCAGAAAUCAGAGGAACGGACAAGGCUCAAAUGCGGCUGAAAGCUACACAGGUGGCAACUCUCUGGAAAGGGAUGAUGGUAAUCGAAGCUCCAAGAUCAACUCUCGAGGCUUUGGCGUUUUUGUUAUUCAUCGUGGCAUAUGGAUUAAGGAGUUUGAUCAACGAAGAAGAGACUGCUCUGCUUGCCACAUCUGUUUUUAAUUACAAACAAGGACCAAGACUCUUUCACUUGUUUGGUCUUAAACGCAAGCUUCCAGUCCGAAUUAUAUGUUUGUUGAAGCUUAAAGAAUUUUCAGCCACAACUCUCUUAAUGAAAGAGAUCACCAGUUUAAGAUGCUCUGCCCUAGAAAAAGCUGAAAUCAAAGAUGUUGGAAGAUUGAGAGCCAUUGUUGAACUCGUGGCGGAUUAUAAGCUAGACAUUGAUCUUCCAGGGGACCUUAUCGCCAAGCUCAUGUUUCCCAGAGAAGACUCAACACCACCUGCGCUUCAUUGCUCUGUUGAAGCAGCGGAAGAAACUUGCCCUUCCUCAUCAAAUCCAAUGGCUACAUGAUGCAGCAUCGUUACCGUUGUUAUCAAACAACAUUACUUAUUUGACAAGUUAUCGUUUUAUAUUUGGUUUUAUUAUUACUUCUUUAGAAUAGGACAAGUGUUUGGAAGAUAAGUUUAAAUCUUCGUACGGAUAUGUUUUUAAGAUUUGACAUGAUCGUCUUAGGUUCUAUUUAUACGGCUUUCUCGUUGUAUAAUGAAACAACUUGAUUAUUGAUUUAGAUUUUAAUAAAGAGCUUUUAUGAGCA